UAAGCCGGGAGGACUGUUUGAAAGUCAAUAUCCCAUCUACUGUUGACCGGGAAAUGAGUAUUUGUCACAAUAUUUUAAUUCCCUACUUUUUCUUGUACCGCGGAAACGCACCGUUUCACUUUUGUGUUCAUUGUCGUUUGGGUCGGUCCUCUACCAUCUCGUUGCACUGGUUACGCUAAUAUUAUCCUGUAGCUCAAGUCAUUCGAAGAAAAUACAAUUUUCUUUAGUCUUUCAUUUGCUUUGCAAUUUUCUCUCUACUCCUCUCUGAGAUUCCCAGUAGUUAGAGCCAAACCCCUAACAUUGAGCUGGUCAAUGGGGCGAACGUCAUUGCAUAUGUGAGAUCCAGUUUCUAAUACAUACAAUGGCUGAGGCACUCAUUUUGAUGCUUCUAGAGAAAUUGGCUUCUGUAACUAUUCAACUCACAGAAAAAAAGGUGAGACUGGUUUUGGAUGUUGAGAAAGAAGUUGAAGAAUUCACUGGAAAUCUUGAAGCAAUUCAAGCUGUGCUUGAGGAUGCAGAGCAGAAGCAAGUCAAGGAUGCAAGCGUGAGGAAUUGGCUGGAUAAGCUCAAGGAAGUGUCCUUUAAGAUGGAUGACGUGCUGGAUGAGUGGAACACUGAAAUUUUGAGACAAAAAGUUGAGAAUCAAGAAACACACAAUGAAACUGCUCUUGUUACCAAGAAGAAGGUAUGGAUCUCUAUACCCUCCCAUUGCUUUUGUUUUGGUCAAGUCAGUAGGGUAAGUCUUCGUCGUGAUAUUGCACUCAUCAUAAAAGAUCUGAAUGAUAAGCUAACUGUCAUUGCUAAUCAAAGGCAAGCAUAUAACUUGCAAUCCAUAGAAAGAAGCGCGGAACAACCUGAGCGAAACAAGAGUUCAUCUUUUGUUGAUAUAUCCAAAGUUUUUGGUCGUGACAAUGAAAAAGAUAUUUUGAUAAGCAGAUUGUUGAGUGAGAAUAGUCAAGAAGAGAGGGCGCUCCUUGUCAUCCCUAUCAUAGGCAUGGGAGGAGUUGGUAAGACAACUCUUACCCAACUAGUGUAUAAUGAUGAAAAUGUUAAAUCCCAUUUUGAGAUGAGAAUAUGGGUUUGUGUCUCCGACCCUUUUGAUGAGAUCAAGAUUGCCAAAGCCAUUACUGAUGGUAAUGGUGUUUCAAAUUCAGAUGAGUUAGAAGCUGUCUUGCAAUGCAUGUCUAAAUCCAUUGAGGGGAAAAAGUUUCUCCUUGUCCUAGAUGAUGUAUGGACCCAAAAUCAUACAAAGUGGGAACAGUUAGAGUUACCUUUAAUGAAGAAUUGUGGUAAAGGUAGUAGAAUAAUUGUGACCACAAGAAAAGAGGAGGUCGCUAUUAUGAUGGGAGCAACCCCUCAAAUGAUGCACUUGAACCAGUUGAGUAUGCAAAAUUGCUUGUCAUUGUUCAAUCACAUUGCGUUUCUUGAUAGGAAAGAGGAUGUGUCUACUGUCUUCCGAGCUAUUGGUGAGGGAAUUGUGAAAAAAUGUAAGGGUUUGCCACUUGCUGCAAAGACUUUGGCGAGCCUCAUGCGCUAUAGGAAGACGAUGAAAGAGUGGCAAGAUGUUUUGGACUGUAAGAUUUGGGAUAUAGAAGGGUUUGAGCAACAAGUUUUUCAACCACUUUUUCUCAGUUAUCAUGAUUUGGCCCCUGCUGUCAGACGUUGUCUGUUAUACUGUGCUACUUUUCCAAAAGAUUAUGUGUUCGACAAAAAUAUCUUGAUUGAGCUCUGGAUGUCACAAGACUAUCUUCAUUCAAGAGGGAACCAUGAAAAAGAAGUCGUUGGUCAGAUCUUUUUUGAUAACUUAGUAAUGCGCUCUUUCUUCCAAGAUCUUGUGGAUGAUGAAUUUGACAAGCUUACUAUGCGCUGCAAAAUGCAUGAUAUUGUUCAUGACUUUGUGCAGUCCCUCACUGAGAAAGAGUGUGUCAUUAUGGAGUUAUCUGGUGCUAGCGACAAAACAGAGCCACUAGUGAGUAAUAAGUUGCGCCAUUUCACCUUAAUGUCUGCACCUGAGUUCCCAUCUUCUAUGCCAUCUCAGAAUUACAAGAAUCUGCGUACUCUCACAACUUUUAAUUGCAAAAUUUCUGCCAUAGACUCGAAGUUAAUUUCAGAACUGAGAUGUCUAAGAACAUUAAAUUUGUGUCACAAUGGCCUCCAAGAGCUUCCAGAGAACAUUGGUGAUUUGCUACAUUUGAGGUAUCUUGACUUGUCUUUUAAUCGUUCUUUGAAGAAAUUACCCACCACUUUAGGUAAUUUAUUCAAUCUGCAAACCUUGCGCCUUCUGCGCUGCAGGGCACUUAAAGAACUCCCUAAGAGCAUGGGAAAGCUGAUUAGCCUGAGACAUCUUUACAUUCAGUUUUGUGAUCAGCUGAAGUACUUGCCAAAAGGGAUUGGCAGAUUAACAAGCUUGCAAACACUAGACAUGUGCCCUGUUUAUGGCAGUGAAGAUGAUGAAGCAUUCAAGUUGGGGGAUUUGGGAAGCUUGGAUCAGCUUCAGGGUGCUCUCACCAUAAAAGUUUUGGGGGAUUGGAAGCAUGCAAAUGAGGCUGAGAAUGCCCGUUUGUGGAAUAAAAAACAACUUUUUUAUUUGGGAGUUGAUACUUCCGAUGACAACAUGAGUAGAAAAAGCAAUGUGAAGAUUUUGAAUCUCUUACGACCACAUCAAGAUUUAAAUUCUUUAGAGAUUUCUGUGUAUAAUGGCACCACCUGGCCUCAUUGGAUAAUGUCUUUGUACAAUUUGAGAGUACUUAGUCUUGAUUCUUGUGAGUGUGAGUUUUUGCCUCCUCUUGGGAAAUUGCCAUUCCUUGAGAAGCUGUCAGUGAGCUAUAUGGCAAGACUGAAAAAGGUUGGAGUUGAAUUUCUGGGAAUAGAAGAAGCUCAAACAUCAAUGAAAUCAUCUAAACGUACUGUUUUGUUCCCAAAAUUAAAACAACUCCUGUUUUGGCGAUUGGUGGAGUUGGAAGAGUGGAACGGAAUGGAAGGGUGGAAAGAAGAAGAUUCUGACAUUACAAUAAUGCCAUGCCUUUCUAGCUUAAGAAUUAUGGACUGCAGCAAUUUGAGGCUUCUGCCAGACUUCUUGCAAAGAUCCCAACUGCAGAGUCUUGAAAUCAUUGGAAGUUGGAUUCUUGCCAGAUGUUGUGAAGAAGGCAGAGGAAGGGAGUGGCCCAAGAUCUCUCAUAUCCGAAACAUCAAAGUUGAAUACCAUUGAUGAUUUCAGGGCAAUUGCAACUCGUGGCUAUAUCCAUCUUCUAUAAUCUUCUGCCACCACAUAUUCUUCUAUUGAAAGGAUUCACCUCCAGCUAGAGAAAAGAUUCAAUCUCAACUGAUGCAGGAUUGUCAAGUAUUGAUAGACAAUCAAGAAACUUGACUUUCCUUCUCCUAUCCUGUUCAGUUGAUUGGUGAGGCUCGUACUGAGGUAGUUUUUCUUCUUUUUCUAGAGUAACCCCCAUGCAAUAGUUUUAAGGCUUGAUUUCACACUUGCUAGAAGUCAAAUUCGAAUAUCAUUAGGUUUGAUAUAUAAUUUCCAAGGCAAGGCAUUUUCUUUUCGUAAUGGCCGAAACUUUUUGUGGCACAGAAAAGACUGAGAAGAGUGAUGUAUCCCAAAACUCUUGUUUUAAGACUUCGCUUUCAAGUUUCCAAUAUAAAGUCAUCAGAAGACCAUAUGAGGUCAGUGUUUUGUUUUGGUAUAUAUACACAAAUAGACACACACACUUUAGUUUCUAGCAAACUUCCUUAGAUAAAUGAUUGCAAAAAUCUAAAAUUCUUGAUCCAGUCCUUCUGAAAACAUUGAUUUUAGUACAAUAGUAGAGACAGUAGUUGCAUUAUUACCUGAAGAAUGAUUUCCGGGGGUCAUUCUACCUCUUGGCAUGGGUCAGUAACAGUUGAGAAGUAGCUUAGGGUAGGCAAUAUAAAUUUCCUCUCUCAUGCAGUACUGUCUACAGUAAUUGCAAGCCUUACAUUCUCAAACAAGUAUUAUUUGCUGAUGAACUUUAAUCACUAUUGAGUAGGGUUAUUUCUGGACAAUAUAACCAAAGUAAUGGAUAGGUUUGAUACCUAAAAGAUGCCCUUCAUGAUGCACAUAUUUCAUGCUUGUUCUAUAUGAUAUUAAAAAAAUUUAUUUGGCAAACAGUGAUUUACCAAUAACCAAUGUAAUGAGUUCAUCAACCUGUCAACAGGCUGAUGCAUGACCGUGAUCCUAUAUCAGAUUAUAUACCCAAGAUGAGAAGGUCACCGCAAAAUCUAUCAUCAAGGCAAAGAAUACAAGAAGUAGAAUUACUUCAAAGGGUAUAUGAGCUGGGAAUUCAAGGAACUGUUAUCGGGGGCCUUGUGCAGGUUAUUGGACGCCUACCCACACAUUGAGGUUGCUUGUUGGUGAUGCUGGCCAGAUGGUUAACAAAAUGAACUGAGAAGGUUAAAACAGGUUCUGGCAAUUGGAAGUGAUUUGGUCAAGAAUCCCACAGCUCGCAUUGAACACGAAGCCAGUACCUCCAAAAUUGGUGAAGACCAGCUAUUUUACCUUCAGCAAAGGGGAAUAGGCUAUGAGAAGCCAUGGCUGCCAUGAUAUCUGGGUUUUGCCAGGCAGUAUUCAAUGAGCUUCCUGACGAGUUUGGAUCUGAGGUGAAUC